GUUUACUGAACUACGUGAGAUGUUACUUUAGCUGCUAGCAGUGUCUGCUGGGACUUUCCUUUAUGUGUCACCCCUUAUGGCUGCUCUAUAUAUUAGGAAAUUUCAUAAUAUAGGAUGUUUGCCAAAGCUACAAGAAAUUUCCUCAAGGACAUUGAUGCUGGUGGGGAUUUAAUAUCCGUUUCUAGCCUGAAUGAUUCGGAUAAGGUCCAACUUCUUAGAGUGAUGGCAAAGAAAAGACGAUUUUGGUGUUGGCAGAAGCCGAAGUAUCAAUUUUCAUCAGUUAUGUGCACACUGAGUGAUGUACUCACUGAGGCAAAACCUGUUAAACCAGUGGUUGUGGAGUCUGAAUUUGUAAAAUACAAAGGUACAUAUGGUGAUGUAAUACAGGGAAAUAUUGAUGCUGACGUUGGAGCGCUUCACAUGAACACUUCUGGCUCAGGAUUUGUGGAAAGUCAGUGUUCUUUUGGUACCCUCAGAAAGCAAGAAGUAGAUAUACAGCACCUUAUGAAAGAUGUGCAAAACAGGAGGAUAAACCUGCACCACCCCUUUAUAGACCAGCUGCAUGAGAACAAAAACGACAUAUUGUGUGUUCUGAAUGAAAAGAUCGUAACAACACAAAAAUGUGUAAUUGCGGAGCAUACUCAGACAGAAGAAAAAUAUGGAGGUAAACUGGGCAUCAAGGCCAAAAUAGUGAAGGUAACUGUUACUGAGAAUGGAAACUUCAAAAAAGAUGAAAAUACCGUGUUGGAAAUUCCAGCUCCCACUGCUAUCGCUUAUGGUGUUGUAGAACUGUACAUCAAGCAUGAUGGUCAAUUUGGUAAGUUAAACAUUGUGUUUUAUGUGACUUGUGAAAUGCUAUUUAAGAACGGAGUAUUAAGUAGGAAGCACUUUUUGUUCGGUGUGAUAGAAAUCAGAUUAUGAUGUAAUGGUGUGCAUUGGGAAAAUAUUAAAUGUUUAUGAAGAUGGACUAUAAUUAGAUGGCUUGUGGGAAGGAUAAGAGGUGUGUGUGUGUGUGAGAUAGCCUGUGGA